AUUUUAAUGGAUCACAUGAAGAUCCACACUAGCGAAAGGCCGUACCUGUGCAACACCUGCGGAAAAUCGUUUAGAAAAUCAUCAAUAUUCAAGAAGCAUAAAAUGAUCCACAUGGGCCAGAAGCUCUACGUCUGCAAAACAUGUGGUAAAAGUUACAGACAAAAUUCCAGCCUGAUGAUUCACUCGAGGGCCCACACUGGUGAAAAGCCGUACCUGUGCAAAACCUGCGGCAAAAGCUUUACUAAUUUAUCUGAUCUUAACCGGCACAUAACCAUGCACACGGGCGAGAAGCCCUACGUCUGCAAAACAUGUGGAAAAAGUUACAAGCAAAAUUCCAACCUGGUGAUUCACUCGAGGACCCACACCGGUGAAACGCCGUACCUGUGCAACACCUGUGGAAAAACCUUUACUAAUUUAUCAGAUCUUAACCACCACAUAGACACGCACACGGGCGAGAAGCCCUACAUCUGCAAAACAUCUGGAAAGAGUUACAAGCUACUUUCCUACCUGGUGAUCCACCCGAAGAUCCACACUGGCGAAAGGCCAUACCUGUGCAACACCUGCAGCAAAACCUUUACUAAUUUAUCGGAUCUUAACCAGCACAUAACCACGCACACAGGCGAGAAGCCCUACGUUUGCAAAACAUGUGGAAAAAGUUACAAGAAAAAUUCCAACCUGGUGAUUCACUUGAGGACCCACACCGGCGAAAGGCCGUACCUGUGCAACACGUGCGGAAAAACCUUUACUAAUUUACCGGUUCUUAACCGCCACAUAAAGACGCACACGGGCCAGAAGCCUUACAUCUGCAAAACAUCUGGAAAAAGUUACACACAACGUUCUACCCUGGUGGUUCACUCGAGGACCCACACCAGUGAAAAGGAGAAGGGUCCAGCUGCAGGCUCGGAGGCUGCAGUUCCAGGACCCGCAGUUCCAGGACCCUCAGUUUUUGCAACAGCGCCACUCAAUGAAUUGGAGUUGUCAUUGCAGGUUUGCAGGUCGCAGAUUGCAGAUUGUAUCCGGACUUCGAUGACGAACAUGCAUAUUACUAUACAAAGAGGGAGCUCUUUGCCAGAG